GGACAGUGAUGGCUGCUCUCCCAGAGCUACAUCCUGAUCCUGACACCGCCUUCUUUCUUUCUCACUGGUGUGAGUGAAGCUAGCAGCGGAGACACACACAGAGCCGGAGAAGACAUCUGCUUCACACCACCCGGACACAGAAGGCCUGGGGUGGAGCGUCAGGUGCCCUCCAGACAGGUAAAAAGUGAGCAGUACUGGCCCUUCCAGACGGAGCAGUUUGGUUUUUUUUUAGGAGACACCGGCGAAGAGCGAGGCUGAGGAGGAAGCAUGUCCACCGACCAGGAGCCGACCUACACAGUCAAGCUGCUGCAGCUGCUGCUGCUCUCCACCUACUGGGGAAUGCAGAUUUGGGUCACCUUUAUUUCAAGCUUUGUGAUGGACAACCACCUGAACAGACACACUUAUGGGUUUAUCCAGAGUCGUCUUGUCCCGUUCUACCUCCACCUGGGUUCAGCUUGUGCCUUCUUCAACCUCACUAUCUACGCUGUGUAUCAUCCCAGCGACCUGCUGGAUGACAGAGAAGCCUUUCAGAUCUUCAUCUUCUUUGUUUCGGUGACGGUCGCAGCCAUCAACGCCCAGUGGUUCGGCCAGAUGACGUCGGAGAUCAUGGCAGACAUGCACCUCAUCGAGCAGUCGUGCGGAUUGGGUCAGGACAUCGGCCUGUCGUCGAACCGCGAAGCUUACGCCAAGCUGUGUGAGACGGAUGUCAAAUACAGACACCUGAGCAGUCGUCUGUGGCUGUACAGGUUUCUGUCCUCCCUCUGUAACCUCUGCUGCAUCGGCUGCAACUUCUACAGUCUGUGCUACAUGGCCGAGAACCUCUCCACACUUUAAUCUGACACGCAGCAGCUGGACUGUUGAUUUUUUGAUAGUCAGUCCCUCUACAAAUCUAGAAACUCCUAUUUUUGUAUCAAAGCAGUAACUUAUAUAUUUAAAGCCGUUCCCUCUCCCUGCCUUGUUAGUCAUAAAAUAAAACAUCAGGUAAGCGUCAUUGCUCUUGUGCCUUAGGGAAUAAUGAAAGGACAGCAGCCGCUGUGCUCAGAGUUAGGCUCUAGUUUUUUGUUGGUAUGGAGUCAGUCGUAGUGAAGGCCUUAUUAGAGACACAAAUCAGUUCCUGCAGUGAGUAACGCCUCACCUUUCACCCAGUGUGGCCGAGGCUGGUGCCACCCUUGAUAUUAAACUACCUUACACACCUUACAGGAACCCAAAACAUGAGGAAUGUCUUAAAGUUCUUUACUUGCAGUAUCGGAGACAUCACCUUUUUAUAUCCUCUCAUGCUUCUCAUUCCUGCUUGUCCUGUUUGGGUGCAGCUUUAAGACCUCGGUCACAACAUGGCAUCACAGGUUUUUUCUGCCCUAUCUUUUGUUAACUAAAAAAAACACGUACUUCUUGCUUCUCACAUGAAAAACUAAGCAAAACACUUUAAAUAUAUGGCUGCCCUGAGGCCCCUACACACCAAACUGACAGUAAAUAACUAGCUGCGACAAAGGCUGACUGUUGUGUAACCUCAUGUUUCCAUUAUCACCUAUAUCUCAGCCGAAGAGCUGCACUCGAACACGCCACAAAAACUCCAGCUGGCGGCCAACAAUCUAGUGCGUUCAGUGCCCACGUGAAAGGAGAUACCAAUCUGCCAAUAUACAAACCAGUGUUAGGAUUAAGCAGCAGUUUUGGAGAAUGUCUUUGAUGAAGAGUUGCAAAGAGGCAGACGCAGAAAAAUAAUAAUGUAUAUUGCAGCGACAUACACAAGGGGCUUUCCCUUUUUUUUCCUCGUUUUUCUACACUGAUCCUCUUACCUGAACAGCCAAUCAGAGGGAUUUCUCUCACAGAUGAGCCGCCACCAAUUCUGAAUCACCCUGUAAAGGCAUGAUGACACUUGAAAAUAUUUUCUCCGUAACUAAAUUAUUGUUGCUCCAAAAUCAGUGACAGUUGCUGGUGUGUUUGAUGCACUGCUGUAGUCACAAAGUGCAGAAACAAGCCAUAGAGGGGAGGAGUGACUAAGGCAGACACAACUCAAACCAUUACAAGACACUGAGGCAUCAAAAUGAUUCUGAUGCUGUUGUUUUAAGGUAAAAAAAGGUGCACUAAGUUUCAGUUUGGGCCAUUAAUGGGGAAAUGUUCAGGCACUGCUGCUCUGUGUUACACAACCAACAAGAUUUUAGCUCAUUCAAAAGACACCGCACCAGGGAUUCUAUCAUUAUAUUGGAAUUAUGAUUAUUGCCAUUUGAAAAACGCAUCAGUGUAUUUAUCUUCACAUGUUAUAAGGGACCCUUGCUACUAUCCACAUGUCCUUGAGGAAGACAUUAUUGCCGUUCUCUUGAUAAGCCUGGACCAGUGGUGGUCAAAGGGAUCCGAAUUUUCUUACUUGGCUUUGUAACUGGGAAAGUUUGAGGGGGAAAAAGUCCCACAGUGACCUGUCAGGGGCUUCAUAGUAUCUGUCCACUUGAAGAUCUGAAUGAUGUCUCUGACCUCGUCCAUUUCACCAAUCAUCCCGGUAUGACCAUGGCCAUGUACAUUGUUACCUUUAUAGUGUGCCUUAAUAGAAAAUGAGUCUAUUGCCUGAAUGAAUUAAGCAGGCUUUGCUUUGUUCUGUAACACCUGUGUGUACUGAGUGUGGUCAGUCACCAUGAUGUGGCUGUUUGGAGCUCUGCCCGCCACGGAAGCCAAAUCAUUUUUGAGUUGUACUCGCAGUGGAGUACAGCACAGGUCUCAGGUGUCGGAGCUUUUUUUAGUCAUGCUGUUUAUCUCAUCAGGCCGAGAGGAUCUGUGGACAGUUGUAUGUAUUUUGUGUUUUUUUUGCACAUGUUGAAAUGAUGUUAAUGAACCUCUCCUGCUGUGAUGGCCUUUACUGAGGUGAACGUUUAUUUCAGUGUGUUUCUUUAGUCUGUUUGCGUCAGCCUGUAAUACAUGUACAUUAAACCAAAGUCAGUCAUGCCAUCAACACCAACAGUACUUUCAUACGCGGGGCAGAGGAAGCUGAGAACAGCCCCUUAAACUCAGUUUUUGUUUUUCUUUUGUUUGUUCUGACUGGACUGAUGAAGGUGCUUAUUAUGAGCCCAUAACAGGCAAACACAAUGCAAUAUUACUCGGAAGUAGCUUUUAACGGUACACACCCUCAAUGUUGCUACUUUGUAGCUCUGCCAGUUUGGAUUAAUUUAAAUCCAUAAACAUAAAAGCUACAUGUGGAUGUUAUAUUUGAAAAAACUUUGUCAUUUGUUAGAUAUUUAUGGCAGUUUUUACUGUUAUUGUGGCUUGUGUAAACCUAAAUGUAAGUCGCCUGAAGACCACUGAGGGCAGAGGUCAUGAGCUGUUUGUGGUCCUGGGUUUGUAUCAAAGAUGUUGAGACAUGUACCGUCUGUUUUUUUGUAUUAAAACACGAUUUCUGUCA